AUGGAUUCAUUAGUGCCGAUUGAAAUCAGCUGUUGAACACGCGUGUGUGGUGUUGACUAGAAUUUCGAAAAUAGAUCGCCGUCAUUGUUUGUAUGUAAAAACCCUUUGUGGAUAUUUUGUGUUAGUGAGUUUCGUGAGUGUAAAUAUUUACUACAUCCACGCUGAUAACAACACCUAACAAACUUGACUAAGAAGAAUUCAUCACUCAUGUUCGAUGGUCAUCACAGAUAUUGAAGCUACUGGAAAUCCCAGUUUUCAGUACCUGGCAGCGAUAUUAGCUGAUUUAGCACUGCUGACCGAUGGCAUGCACUAUGGAUGGCCUUCUCCAACCCUUCCACAAAUCCUGAAUAACACCAACUCCACACUAUGCAUCAGCCAAGAUCAGGGUCUCUGGCUAGCAGUAAUGCCCCUCUUAGGAUCCACUAUAGGAGCCCUAAUAGCAGCGAAUAUUGUUGACUGCUUUGGUAGGAGAAAAACUAUUUUAGCAACUGCGAUCCCUUUUUUCACUGCAUGGUUCAUGGUAGCUGCUGCCACUAGUCCUGUGUGGUUGUAUAUAGCAAGAUUUAUUGCUGGUGUGGCGGAUGGCGUCUCCUUUACUGUCGUUCCAAUGUAUAUUGGAGAAAUUGCAGAUGCAACAGUUCGAGGAAUGCUCGGCUCCAGCUGCUCCGUCAUGUGGAUAGUUGGUUUCCUUCUGAUUAACAUUAUUGGAUCAUAUUUGAGCAUCAGUAACACAGCGAUCGUGUCAUCACUAGUUCCAAUUUGUGCCCUAGUUACUUUUUUCUGGAUGCCAGAAAGCCCUUAUUAUUUGAUAAUGAAGGAAAGGAUCGAUGAAGCGCAAAGCAGUUUGAGGAAGCUCAGGAGAACAGAAAAAGUGGAUGAUGAACUGGAAAGAAUGCGAACUUCAAUACAGAGUAAGAAUAAGAACACGGGGCGAAUCUUGGAUCUGUUCUCAAUCAAAUCUAAUAGAAAGGCUUUGUUCAUUGUAACAGGACUAAGAGGUUUUCAGCAGUUCAGCGGUACAACAGCCAUAACCUUCUACGCUCAAACAAUUUUCAAAGAAGCUGGGGACGACAUAUCACCUCAUCAUGCCUCCAUGAUAUAUUUCUCAGUCCAACUUCUUGUGACGAUACUAUCUUCAAGCCUUGUAGAUAAAGCAGGACGUAAACCACUACUUAUUGUAUCAAUGAUUGGAACGGCCAUUGCGCUUUUCUUAGAAGGGACUUAUUUUUAUGUCAAAACCGAGACUGACAUUGAUACCUCAUCAUUCGGUUAUGUACCUGUUAUAGUAUUAAUAGUCUUUGUGAUAGUGUUUAGCUUAGGAAUGCAGAGUAUCCCACUUCUUAUACUUGGUGAAAUGUUCCCCACUAGCGUCAAAGCAUAUGCUUUAUGCUUGGCUGACAUUCACUAUAGCAUUAUGGCUAGCAUCGCCUCAAAAUUUUUACAAAUUACAAAAGACAAAUAUGGAAUGUUUGUUACAUUUUUUGGUUUCACUAUAUUCUCUAUAAUGGGGUUGAUUUUCAUAAUUUUAGUUGUGCCUGAAACUAAAGGGAAAAAUUUGGAAGAGAUUCAAGAUCUACUGAAAGGUAAGAUACCUCAUGAUCAUAGUAAAUGUGAUGAGGAAGAGUGUGUAAAGGUCUGACCUGACAGGUACCAACUCAUGUAUUGUUUCAUUUAUUUGUGACAAAAUACAGCGCUGUGAUCACC